AACUCGGCGUCCAAAACUGUUCUUAUGUCUCUAUAUUUAGUCAUUCUUAUAUGGUCGCUGAUAAACAAUACCAUUUCCUUUGAUUUUGAUCCCGGCUAUUCCACUUCUGGCAUGGCAGUGUCGGGUUACGCGUGUGUAUUAGGCUUUAUAUUAAUUAUAACCGACUGACAAGCAUAACUGAAUCAUUCCACUAGCUAUAGAAAGGGAAGUUACCUGAUCAUAGUUUACUUUAACAAACUGUGUUGCAGAACUGUACUGUCACAUAAAAAGCAAGAAUAACGAAACUAGACAGUCUAUAAUUGCUCGACUCUUAUAUACGCGGGUGUUUUGGGUGCUUGGUUAACUAUGGCAACUGGUUCAUCAGACAGCUUGUUGGAUUCAGAUAAUGAAUCCGAGCGGCACCGUAAUUGUUCUACCUGUUCUUCAAGUUGCAUUGGUUGUUGUCGAAAUUGUCGAGGUCCAAAAGUUUACCAUGCUCGUGUAGUUAAUGUUGGUAGACCAUCAAAGACUCAGAAAUUUCCUUCGAAUCGGAUCAAUAAUCAAAAGUAUAAUGUAAUAAGUUUCAUUCCUUUGGUUCUUUUUGAACAGUUCAGUGUAUUUUUAAAUCUCGUCUUCCUUGUAAUUGCAUGUAGUCAAUUUAUUCCCGAACUUGGUGUGGGUCGUCUGUACACAUAUUGGGGGCCACUUGGUUUUGUGAUUGCAAUAACCAUGAUUCGAGAAGCGGUAGAUGACAUUGGAAGAUGGUCUCGUGAUCGCGAUGUCAAUAUGGCUAUCUAUGGAAAGUAUGUCCGCAACAAAGAAGUUUCCGUUAUGAGUUCAGAUAUCAAAGUUGGUGAUCUUAUUCGUUUAGAGAAGAAUCAACGAGUUCCAGCAGAUAUGAUCUUAAUAUGGACAUCAGAUCGAAAUGGUUCUUGUUUUAUACGGACAGAUCAACUUGACGGUGAGACUGACUGGAAAUUACGUUAUGCUAUACCAACUACACAUGCUUUUGUCAGCCGUACUGGUCAUCCAAGUUCAUUGUGGGAUAUGGAAGCUCAAGUUUAUGCUGAAGCGCCGAGACAGAGUAUACAUAAUUUCGAAGGAACGUUCGUCCGUACAGAUGUCAAUCCUACUUCACCAACAGAUUCUGAAGCAUCAGAAGUUUCAUUAAAUAUUGAUCACACACUCUGGUCCAACACUGUACUAGCUACUGGAAGUGCUAUUGGCUUGGUCAUAUACACAGGAUCAGAAACACGUGCAGUAAUGAAUUCAAGUAGAGUACGCACAAAACGUGGGAAAAUCGAUCAAGAGAUUAACAAUAUCACAAAACUCUUAUUCUGUAUCCUAGUACUUCUAGCUCUUAUCAUGGUUGCACUGAAAGGUUUCAGUGGAUCUUGGUAUAAGUAUUGGUGGCGUUUUGUUGUUUUAUUCUCUUACAUUAUUCCUCUGGCAUUGCGUGUUAAUAUGGAUUUGGCAAAAAUCGUAUACUCUUUUAUGAUAAUGCGCGACAAAUCCCUGCCAAACUGCCUUGUUCGUAAUACUAAUAUACCUGAAGAAUUAGGUCGUAUUUGUUAUUUAAUGUCAGAUAAAACUGGUACACUUACACAAAAUGAAAUGGUUUUUAAAAAGCUACAUUUAGGCAGUGUAGCUUUUGCAUCAGAUUCCAUGGAAGAGGUUGUCCAGGGAUUGCGUAAUCAUUUCACUGCUGGUUCCACAAUCGGUAAUUUAUCAGAUCAAUUAACUCGUCAAAUUCGUCGUACAACCAAUGAACGUAUGGCUGAUGCAGUAUUAGCCUUAGCUAUAUGUCAUAAUGUCACACCGAUGACAGAAACUUAUUCAAAUCCUGGAUCAAUUGAUGUACCAGGUGGAGAGAGUAAAGAAGCUAUGGCUAUGGUAGAAUUAUCUGAUCCCAUUGGUUAUCAAGCUAGUUCACCUGAUGAAGUAGCUCUUGUUUCAUGGACUGCAACUGUUGGUGUAACACUUGUGUUUCGUGACUUGCACAGAAUGCGAUUACGUCUACCUAAUGACUCUUUUGUUGAGUAUGAAAUCUUGAAUUUAUUUCCAUUUUCAUCGGAAUCUAAACGAAUGGGUAUUAUUGUACGUGAUUAUUCAUCCAAAAGAAUAAUAUUUUAUGUUAAAGGUGCAGAUACUGUUAUGAGUAGUCUUGUAUCCUAUGUGGAUUGGUUAGAAGAUGAAGCUGGUAAUUUGGCUAGAGAAGGAUUACGAACAUUGGUUGUCGCUUCGCGUACUUUAACUGAAGAACAAUACUCAGAUUUCGCACAACGAUACCAUAGCGCUAAAAUGUCUUUAACUGAUCGUGUCGAAAAAAUGCAGUCAGUUGUAGCAACUUUAGAAACAAAUUUAGAAGUUCUCUGUUUAACAGGAGUAGAAGAUAAACUUCAAGAUGGAGUUCGUCCUGCAUUAGAAGCAUUAAGAAAUGCUGGUAUACGUGUUUGGAUGUUGACUGGGGAUAAACUUGAAACAGCUGCAUGUAUCGCUAAGUCUUCUCGUUUAGUCAGUCGUGAUACACCUAUGUAUAUAUUUAAAUCAGUUAGUGGUCGAAUGGAAGCUCAUUUAGAAUUGAACGCUUUUCGUAAACGUUGUGACCAUGCCUUAUUGAUAACUGGAACAUCAAUGGAAACAUGCUUAAGAUUUUAUGAACAUGAAUUUGUUGAAUUGGCAAGACAAUCACCGGCUGUAGUUGUAUGCCGUUGUUCACCGACACAGAAAACACAAAUUGUCACUUUAUUAAGAUAUCAUACAAAAGCAAGAGUAGCAGCUAUCGGUGAUGGAGGCAAUGAUGUUGGCAUGAUUCAAGCAUCUGAUCUUGGUCUUGGUCUUUUAGGUAAAGAAGGUCGACAGGCUAGUCUAGCAUCUGAUUUCAGUUUAGCACAAUUUAAACAUGUUACACAAUUGCUACUUGUUCAUGGAAGGAAUUGUUAUAAAAAUACUGCUGCAUUGGCCUUGUUUGUUAUUCAUCGAGGUUCCAUUAUCACAGUCAUGCAAGCGAUAUUUUCAGCCGUUUUCUAUUUUGUUGCAAUACCGUUAUUCCCAAGUUUUCUAUAUGUUGGUUAUGCCACAGUGUUCACUAUGUUCCCUGUAUUUUCAUUGGUGCUUGAUAAGGAUGUACCGGAUCGUAUUGCUCUAACUUACCCUGAAUUAUAUAAAACUUUACAGAAAGGUCGUGAAUUAACUUUUAAAACAUAUUUCAUCUGGCAGUUGAUUAGUGUUUAUCAAGGUAGUGUUAUCAUGUACGGCGCAUUGUUACUUUUCGAAGAUGAAUUCAUUCAUGUAGUAGCUAUCACAUUUACAGCUUUAUUAUUAACAGAAUUACUUAUGGUAGCUAUUACCAUACGUACAUGGCACCUUCUAAUGAUUUUAGCGGAAGUUAUCAGUUUAGCAAUUUAUAUAAUGGCUUUGAUUGUUAUGAAAGCAUAUUUUGAUUCAGUAUUUCUAAGAACAAUUGGAUUUGUUUGGAAAGUAUUAGCUAUCACUGGUGUCAGUUGUAUACCAAUAUUAAUAUUGAAAUUUAUUCAUUAUAAAUUUAGACCAUCGAUUUAUUCAAAACUACAAUAGAAUGCUAUGUUCUUCUGUUGAAUGAAUUCAUCCAUCCGCAAACACACAUACACACACACACACAUCCAUUGAAUUCUCUAUCAAUGACAAAUGAACUAGAUUUUCACAAACAUUUUUUUUUCUAAAAAGUCAUUCAUUUACUACUUAAGUUUUGUUAUUUUUUAUGUAACUUUUUAUUUUUCAACUCGUGUUCUGUGAUUUGAGAUGUUAUUGAUGAUGAUCGUGAUGAUGAUGAUGUACGACUCUGACAUGCCUAAAUUGUUGUAAAGAUUGUGAUCUUUUAUACACCAUUGUCCAUAUCUUUAUUACUAUCUAUGUGUAAACCUAAAAUCGGUUACAUAUUUUCUUUCGUUCUUCUUUUCUUUGUUGUAACUUUCUUUUUAAACUUGUGAUUGAUUUUUUUUUAAUCAGAGAAUAGAUGAUACAACAUUUGUUUAUCAACAUAAGUACAAUGUCGUCUCUCUUUUUUCCCCGUAGAACUGGCAUAUAUCUAUGCAAACAAUUCAACACUGAAAGAAAAAAUUAGUCGAACAAGAGUUUAACAAUUAUUUGUCAAGAUUGAUUGAGUAUUGAUCAUUAUUGUUGUUACUGUCACAGAUCCUACACACUACUACUACUACUAUUACUACUACUACCUAUGCUACUGUCAUCAAAUAAAAACACACAAAGUGAUUAUGAUGCCUGUACUAUUUGUAUGUAUGUGUAAGGUGCACACUAUUUGAUGAUUCUUAUCUAUUUAAUGUAACCAAAUUUUUUUUUAUUUAUUCAUGUUGUUUCUUGAUCUUUGAUUAAGUUGUGUGCUAUUCAUUUCGCUUCUCCUUUUUUUUUAAAAAAAAGAAAGAAAGAAAACUUUUUAUUUAUUGUCAUUGUAAUUUCUUGUUGAAUAAAUUCAUUAUUGAUGUGCAUCGCAUGUUUUGGCAUCCAAACGGAUCAUUAUCAUAGUUAUUGUCAAAAGUGUAUAUUUUGUAUGUAUGUGUGUAUGCAUGUACACAUUGUCUUCAUUCACACUUUCUACUCAUCGAAUUGGGUCAAUUAUUAUUCAUGAUAUUGUAUUGGUUAUAUAUAGAUUUAUGGAAAACCACAUUUUAGUUAUCAUAGUAACAUUGUAGUGGUAUAACUGAUAAAAAUAAACCAAUAUAGUGUCACAGAAAUG